AUCGUAGUGGUUACCUAUUUAUAGACAGUGGUUACAAAACAACGCAUCCCGUGACUCGAUAUCACGUGACAAAUUUAACUGUAACUUGGCAUUUACAAAAACGAGCUAAGGAAGUUAAACUGCAGUCUGAUCGAUCAUUUGAGAAAAGGAACAAAGAUGGCAGCUAUAUCAGCAGUUUUGUUGGCACUUUUCUCCCUGGUGGCGCUUAGCUCUGCCUGUUGUACACCUGACCAAUGGGAAGGCGUGGAAUCUUCAAUUGGUGGAUGGGCUGGUCGAAGGCGAAGUGGUCUUUUGAAAGAAUUUGUUUUUGCAUCCUAUGAUUACACUAACAAGCGUUCAGCUGCUUUCCUUGACUAUGCCAAUGGAGAAUACUUUAACAGGUUUCAAAUUGUUGUGAGAUAUGAAGGGGAGGUUGGUAACCUGUACAUUGUAGACCUGAAACGAAACAAAUGUUGGUUAAAAACACUUAAACGUCCUUUCCGCCAAGCAUGCAUUCCAGAGAAAGCCAAAUCUGUAGGUGACUAUUACUUGGGUCUGAAAGGUGGAUUUAAAGUUUCUGGUUAUGCUAUUGAAGGUGAACGUAUCAAUGCCUUCAUCUCCGUUCAAAAUGUCUCUGGCAGCUGCAUACCUGUUUCUGAAGCUGUCUAUGGAAAACUUACCAAAGUGGAAUUUGUUCAGACUGUUGGAUUUGUCAACCUAACUCCAGGAAUAAAAAAUGAAACAGUAUUUGAUGUCCCCGCUCAAUGUGAAAAGAAAGAAGAUUUCAGUUUGGCUGAAGAACUCACCCGAGAUCAUUAUUUCUUUGCUAUUUAAACAAGAUCACACUAAACUUCUUUUUUUUCUUGUGUUUUGUUUGAGUGUUGUUGUUUUUUUUUUUGUUUUUUCCUGUAACAUUUCCUGUUUACUUUUUUUUAAGAAGGGAAACAAACAACUCCAACAACACAAUAUGGACUUUAGUUUGUUCUUGGCAUGGUUAUUACAAGAUCUUGGUGCCAAAGAGUACAUUCAAAAAAAGAAAAAAAACUAGAGAUAAGGGAAACUAUACUUUUGUAUAGAAUUUAGAUCUGUACUUUGUUAUUGUUUUGCAGAAAAAUAGAUUUGUCUUUGAUCUCCGCAUGAACUUUUUAAUCAAUGUAGAAUUUAUUCCAUGUAGUCUGUGAUUAAUCUUUUUUUUUUUUUUUUAAAGUGUCUUGGUAUUAUUCCAGUAAAAUGAGAUUGUAUAGAUAAAUGUAAUGUUACUUGAACAAAUGUGUAUUCCAAUGGAUCACUUCCUAAUGUUGUACCUCUACUUUUAGAAUGUAGUUAUGCAAAGGAGUGCCUACUUCAUUUGUUAUAAAAUCUUUCAAACAGAAUCUCCUUUUUAUUUCUUUGUUCAUAGAUAGACUCAAUACACAUUUUAAAAGGUGUCUUAAAUCAAUUGAAGUUAAAAUUUCAUGAAUGGAUCUGAAUCUUGUGGUUGCUGAAAAAUUGCAUUUUAACUGAAAUGUUAUUAAUCGUAUUUGAUCAGUUACAUUUUUGAAGUUCUUAUCAAAUGCUCAUUUAUAACUAUUUUUCUAUUUGAAUAAAAAAAAUAAUUUUGUAA